UUUUAACACUUUUGCAUGAUGUUAUGCAUACAGAGUUCUGAUGAUUCCAUAAAGAAACCGGCAUCUGUUGGGCCAUGGGGAGGCAAUGGAGGGUCCCGUUGGGAUGACGGGAUAUACUCAGGAGUAAGGCAAUUGGUGAUAAUUCACGGGACAGGAAUUGACUCCAUCCAGAUUGAAUAUGAUAAGAAAGGAAGCUCUAUUUGGUCGGAGAAACAUGGUGGAAGUGGAGGAAACAAAACUGACAAAGUGAAACUUGAUUAUCCAGAUGAGUUCCUAACUUCUAUUCAUGGAUACUAUGGUAGCUUAAAUCAAUGGGGGCACAACUUAGUUCGGUCACUGAGUUUCGAGAGUAACAAGAAAACUUAUGGACCAUUUGGUGUCGAGCAUGGGACUUUUUUUUCGGUCCCAAUGACUGGAGCCAAGAUUGUUGGGUUCCAUGGAAGUUGUGGUUGGUACCUAGAUGCCAUUGGAGUCUAUCUGAAGUCCUUGAAGCAACCAAAUCCAUCCAAAAUUUUGCUUAAUUCACAGGGCCACAUUACUAACACUUCCGAGAGUUUUGGCUAUUCUGUGAUACAAGGAACUGUGAACCAGAACUAUGAUAUUGUUCUUGCUGUAAGACAGAAAGAUCAUAAAGAUGAUUUCGGUAAGCCUAUACCAAACAAGGUAUCAGGAAAGAUUUCUACUGUCAAAGAAUCAAAUAACAUUGAACAUAAAGAAAAGAUAACACAUCCAGAAAAGUCACCCGCAAAGGUUGAUGGUGUAGUUACACACGGUCCUUGGGGUGGCAUUGGUGGAUAUGCAUUUGACGAUGGAACCUAUAACGGAAUCAGGCAAAUCAAUUUGUCGCGCAAUGUUGGAAUUGUGUGGAUUAGAGUUUUGUAUGAUUCUGAUGGGGAUGCCAUAUGGGGGUGCAAACAAGGUGGGAAAGGAGGAUUUAAAAAUGAUAAGAUAGUCUUUGAUUUCCCAUAUGAAGUCCUGACACAUAUAUCUGGCUACUAUGGACCUUUGAUGUACAUGGGGCCUGCUGUUGUAAGAUCACUAACUUUCCACACUACAAAAAGAAAGUAUGGACCAUUUGGGGAAGAACAAGGAACUUAUUUCACCACAAAGGUGAAAGAAGGUAAAAUUGUUGGCAUUCAUGGGAAAAAAGGUUUGUUCCUUGAUGCUUUUGGUGUACAUGUAGUAGAAGGAAAAGUAGUAGUACCGGUGGCAAUGCCACCAAAGGAAAUAAUCCCUAGAGAAAGAAAUAUUGGUGAGAUAGGAAAUGCUCAAUGGCCUAACAAAUUGGUACUUGCUAAACAAACAGCAGCUGAAGAGGUUUCUUAUGGUGUGAUCAAAGAACCAGCUUCGUGCGGAGCAGGUCCUUGGGGUGGAGAUGGAGGUAGACCUUGGGACGAUGGAGUCUUUUCUGCCAUUAAGCAGAUUUAUUUGACAAAAGUAUCAGAAGGCAUCUGCUCCAUUCAAAUUGAGUAUGAUCGAAACAGGCAAUCUGUGUGGUCUGUAAAACAUGGUGGUAAUGGUGGAGACACCAUGCAUAGGAUACAACUGGAGUAUCCACAUGAGGUACUGACUUGUAUAUCUGGCUAUUAUGGAUCAAUCACAAAGGAUGAGAACCAAACAAUCAUAAAGUCACUGACAUUCCACACCAGUCGCGGUCAGUAUGGUCCAUAUGGUGAGGAAGUCGGGAAAUUCUUCACUUCAACCACUACAGAGGGAAAGGUGGUUGGUUUCCAUGGAAGGAGUAGCUUGUACUUGGAUGCUAUUGGAGUCCAUAUGCAACACUGGCUUGGAAAUCAGAAAACUUCAAGGUCCUCACUCUUCAAGAUAUUUUGAGUUUUUGAUCUGUGAUGCUUGAACAAAACAUCAGUUUGGCAAUUUGAGAAGUGUGUAAUAAUAAUAUGUGAAGAAAAAUAAGCUGAAUGUAAUCAGAUAAGAGCAGGGUUAUUGUAUACUCUCUGAGUAAUAGUUUGGUGGGAUUUUCUGAUUAACAGAACUGUUUGAUUUAUGAUGAUGAAUAAUGUAAUUUGUGUGUUGAUUUCUUACACAUCAAGGCUUGACUAGAGAUUUCAAAGGUUAAA